UUUGCUCUUCUAAUUCUAGAAAUAGCAGAAGCUUUUAAAUUGUUCGACAAAAACGGCGAUGGUCAAAUUUCGGUAGAGGAACUCGGUGAAGCAAUGAAACAAGCCGGGCAAGAAGUUUGCGAAGAAGACCUACAAGAAAUGAUAAAGGCUGUGGAUCGUAACGGUAAGGUAUUCUCCUAAACAGGCGUUCUCUUCUACUUGCCUUAAAUAGCCUGCUUUUUCUCUGCACAACGUGAAACCUGUAUUAAGCGGACACUGUGUAAGCAGACACCCUGCAUUAAGCGGACAGUGGUCAGAGUCCCCAAAUAUAUUUCCCUUAGGUACUGCCCAAAUAAAGCCUUUCGGCCCAUAAGCUGAAUCCAAGGCAGUCUUGGAUUCUGGAUUCUACGCUACGGAUUCCGGAUCUCAAGUAAAGGAUUAUCAGAGGUUGGAUUUUGGAUUCCAGUCGGUAGUGGGAUCCAGAUACCUUGAAUUGUAUCAUUCAGGAGUCCGGAUUCCAAAGCCCAGUAUCUCGGAUUCCAGGAGAAAAAUUUCCCUGAUUCCAGAAUCUAGACUCCCCUACUUAGGGCGAAACCUUUAUUAAGCGUACGCUUUAAACGGACCCCAGGGGUUAUGGGCUCCUGUGGACCCUUUAUUUUCAUUAGAUUUGACCAUCCAACAUGUCAGGCACUCGAAAUUAAAAUAUUUCCACCCAGAAAUUUUCCGCUUUUACGAUGCAAAACUUACUUAACAAAAGACUUAUUUAUUUGCGUUAACAUAAACAAUGUCGAGUUCUUAAAGAGAAAAGAAACCAGAAAUACAUACACGUGCAUGAAUUGUGUAAGGCCUUAUAUUACAGCAAGUCUACAUUUUUUGGUCAGUUUAUCUUUCAAAUAAUUACAAGAAAAUCAUUCACCUUGCGAUGCGGACUCGCAGCCUUCAUUACCCCGGCCCGUUGAUCAGUUUUACAAUAAUGUUUACUCAUUUUGUAUAGAUCUUGAUGAAAAUUUGAGGUUCCUGAUAUACGAUUUAGAGUACAUUGAUUAAUUGGUCCACUGAAACAAAGAAAUUAGUGCAAACGUAUCUUCUUUGUAUCAGGCAUGCACUGGUGGUUUUUACACCACUGCCAGUGCGGGGCAUUGUGGAGUAAAAGAUUACUCGGCCAGGCCGCCCAUCUGACUCACCCGCAAUGACUUUGUUUGCACGCAGGAAACGGCAAAGUAGAAUAUUCCGAGUUCGAGGAGAUGAUGGCAUGCCACAUGGGCGAUGAACCAAUGACUGGAGACGAUCUAAAGUACUAUUUUAAGAAAUUUGACACCAACGGGGAUGGUUACAUCACUGGAGAUGAAUUGAAGACCGUAAUGAAGACCUUUGGAGGCAAGACCUACACUACAAAAGAAAUUGAUGAUAUGAUAAAAGAAGCAGACAUGGAUGACGAUGGGAAAGUCAGUUAUGAAGGUGUGUUCUAG